UAGGCUCAACAGAGCCGGAUAGCCGAAUACGGACCGAUCUACAAAGAGAACAUUGGCCACCAGGACUUCGUCGUAACGAGCAGUCUAGCCGAGUACUCGAAACUGAUGAGAAGCGAGGGGAAAUAUCCACGCAGAAUUCAGCUAGAACCGAUGGUCCACUUUAGGAAGUCCCGCGGGAUGUCGCUAGGCUUAGUCAACUCGCAAGGAGAAGAAUGGCAUAGAUUCCGCAGCCUACUAAGCAAGAAGAUGCUGCGCCCUAAAGAAAUAGAGCAAUACAAUCCGCAGAUCAACACGGUAUCGAAGGACCUGGUCGAGAGGCUGGGCGUUGUCAAAGCAGACAACAGCCACAUACAGGGCGUCGAGUUGGAGAUCUUCAAAUGGGCUUUAGAGUCGGUCGGGACGAUUCUGUUCGAAGAGCGCAUCGGGUGCUUCGACGAGGUGCCGUCUACCGAGGCGCGGGAGUUCAUCGGGCACGUGCUGGGCUAUUUCCGCACCAUGCAGUCGCUGCUGUUCGGGCCCCCACUCUACAAGAUUCGCCCCACGAAGGAAUGGCUCACCCACUGCGAGCACGGAGACAAGGUCUUUGAACUGGGCAAAGCGUUCGUUCAGAAGAGGGUAGAUGCUCUGAGCCGCUCGAGCGAGGCGCAGACGACGAGCAAGCAGUCUUCCCUGCUCACGCACAUGCUGGCGGCAUCGGAAUUAUCCAGAGAUGAGGUGGUGCACACACUGGUCGACUUGAUGCAAGGCGCUAUAGAAACGACGUCCAACACGGUACUAUGGACACUGUAUCAGCUGGCCACUCACCCGACUGCUCAGGAAAAGCUAUACAACGAAGUGAUGAACGUAGUGGGAGAACACGGUGACGUCACUACGGACGCACUCGCUAAAAAUGCCGUACGUCAAAGCCUGUCUGAGGAAACAUUCAGGAAAUUCCCCGUUACGUUCGCGACGAGUCGCAUUAUCCCGAGAGACAUCGAAAUGGGUGGCUACACGAUUCCCAAGGGCUCUCAUGUUCAGGCCAGCCUCUACUCAAUGGGCCGUGACCCUAAACUGUUCAAUGACCCGGAAACGUACAACCCAGACCGAUGGCUUGGUAUGCACAACGAUGAAGUCAGCAAGCUACCCAGCCUCGCAUUUGGCCAUGGAGCGCGCAUGUGCAUCGGGCGUCGUAUUGCCGAACAAGAAAUCUACACGGGCAUCAGUCAGAUCGUGCGCAAGUACAAGCUAGAGUAUGAUGGGCCAGAGGUGAAACCGACCCUACAGUUGGUGAUGACACCAGACAAACCGAUUGUGAUGAAGUUCGUGCCGCGACGCUGACCACGUGGCGCCAUCUCGCGACAACCAGACGCAUCUCGCGCCGAUACGCGUGCGUGUGUGUAUAAUAUAGCAUCAUCGUUCAUCAUCUCAGACAAUCGUCCAUUUCGAAUGCGCUGGGGUUCUCGGGUGCAUGUGUGCAUGCUUUCUUUCCGUGCGAUAUAGCUGACCUGCAACCCGACGAUGGAAGCUGGGAGUUAGGGGGAGUAUUGUAGGCUGAAGUACGUCAUGCUGGCGUGACCUCACUGCCGAGAUCGACGCAUCAUUAAUGACGUCAUAGCAACACAAUCGUGACGCGCUAUCGCGGCGUGCUUUUGUCACGAGGGCGAAUGCUCAUGGCAUAUAGACAGCUGAGCCAUGCCGCCAGGGCAGAGAGAGAGAGAGAGACAGAGCGAAAGAGACAGAGCGAGAGAGAGAGAGAGAGAGAGAGAGAGAGAGAGAGAG